AACUCAAUUGAAAUUAUGAACAUUUAUGUGCUGUUCUCGUUGCUGUUGUUUCUGGCGCCCGGCGGUUGUCCCAUCUAUAGCAUCGAUCUGUCAACACUGGAGGUACCCAAUGACUUUCAAAAUGAGCUGACGCUCCAAUCAAUGCUGUCGUCCGAGUUGCAUCAGUAUAGGAAUCGACUGAACUCGAAUUCGAAAAUCAAUGAAUUGUCGGCCGCCCAGCAUUUCGAGCAAGCGCAUCCCCCCACUGCCUCGCCGGAUGAACUGGAUUCGGACCUGGAGACAGAGACAGAGGCCGAACAUCCGUCGAGUAAGGUCUAUCGUAGCGCCAGCGAUGAGGCCUCAUUUCUGGGCACAAAUCUGUUUGGAAACUAUCCCAAGAAAUGCUUUUCCGCGGAAGACAUUGCCCUAAUGUCGGCACGCAAGGAUUUUGAGAUUCUCAUACCCAAAUCCUAUCCACAGUGUCUGGUCCACGACGGCAUUGUCUACACCUUGAUGAAGUAUUUCAACAGCGUCAAUCAGGUAAUAAAGCGGGUGUCCGACCUGGAAUCGAGACGCCUGCUCCAACGGGCUUUCUACGAUGCCUUGGGAGGCUAUCUGCGCUUCUACCUGCUGCCCGUGGCGCAGGUGUCCUACUACGCUGGACGCCUGAAGCUGUGCACGGUGGAGCGUCUGGUGGCGCUCUAUCGUCAGUGUCAACUGGUGCUCAACACAAAUGGCAAUGGCUGGAGGACACCUGUCGCCGACGUGCUCAGCCAGCUGAAGAGCGUGCAUAUUAAACCCAUUAAGCUGAACGAGGAUCGCGGCAGUGAGGACGAUGCGUCCAGCUGUGCAUUGCUGGAUCAGAGUUGCCUCAACGAGGAUGCACAGAAGGAGCAGAUGAUAGUGCCCCUGCCGCAUCUAGAGUCUGAGGAUAGCAACGGGUUUCUUAGCAACAUCUUUCUGCCCUUUAAGCAUCGACGUAUCUACAACCUGCGCUCUCCCGAUGCCUCAUUUAUCCUGGUCAAGUUCUUCAAGACACUGAUCAACUGCUAUCGGUUUCAGGGUAUCAGUCCGAAGACUUACAAUCGGAAACUGCGCAACUGGAUUCGUGAAAGUCUCCAAUUGCAUUAUCGGGAUGAGUCCUUUUAUCCAGGUCUGGGCGGUGUACUGCAAAUCUACGAGGCUCUUGACUGCUCUUCAAAGUCAUCGGAGCAAUCAGAAGAGAACGAGGAGCCAGUUAUUGGUGAAGAUGACUGCAAGGACUAUCAAAGUUCCCUCGAUGAUGACAACAAAGUAACCGAGAACGACAGCAAGCGGAACAACAACAGAACUGAGCGACUUCAUAAAAGCAAAAAGGAUAAAGACGCUGCGAAUUCCCGCAAAGAGAGCCGAUCUCCUCGACAAAAGCUCGGUCCACGCGAUGCCUCCGACCACAAGGAUGGCGAAGAGGUGAAGAAGAAUCUGAAUGAUCGCAACGAAGAGGAGUGCGUGGAUUGCAACGAUGAGAGCUACGUGGCCUACAUUGCCGCAAUCUUGGGUCUGCUCCUGUUGCUUCUGCUCUUGACUAUCUGUUGUUGCUUGCAAAGACGUAAGAAAAAGAGUAUUAACAACGUAUUAAAGGAGCAGCCGAAACCAAAACACAAAGAGAAACCACACGAGAAAUCAUCGGAUAAACAUAUCGAAGAUGUAGAGGCACCUCCGCCCAAUCCCAAAUCCGAUGACGCCAAUCAAAGUUGUUGGAGCAAUCUUUUCCGUAGUCGCAAGAAAAAACCGAAGAAAGACCGGAAGAAGCUUGACGAAGUAGAUAAUACGAAUCAACCGACUCCAGGCAUGGGAUUAAUAGGCAGUCAACAAGACGAUCCGUAUCCCUACCCCAUGAAAUUGGCCAAUUUGGAAAAGUUUAUUUCCCGCAAAAAAGCCUUAGCCUCAACCACAGAGCAUAAUUAUGAACAGGAGUCUAUGACAUCGACUUCAUCGCUGGGCUAUCAAUUCCACAGAAAGUUUAUACCCCUCAAAAUGAGUCGAGAGAAACGAGACGAAUAUUACGCCAAAACGGAGAAAAAGCGUUCCAAAUCGGCUAAUAAACAGUCAAGCUGUGUUUAUAAGAAAGAACGAGAGCGUGAUCGGUAUAGGGAGGAAAGACAUCAGAAACCACAGACUAUAUCUGAAGAAGAAUUGCCGGAGAAGAGGGAGGCUGCUGUGAAACCUGUUAAAGAGGACGACGGUAUUCGACAACUUUAUAGCCAUAGUAAACAUAAAAGACAGGAGGGUGGUCGGACCAGUGUCAGUCACGAAAGAGAGGUUGAACCUUGUGAAAGUGAUUUAAGUAGCAAAAGCGAUUACUCCAAAAGCAUUAGUAGCCCAGCUAGCAGGAAGGAGUCUUCGCACGACAACGACCAUGAAAGUCAGGACCGACAGACUCCCGCCAAGCAACAGAGGACAACUGAAAUGAGUACGUCUAAUCCCAGCAGUUCGAUAGUAUCAAACAUUUCCGAGUCGCAACCCAACAGCGCAGAAGCUGUAUCAAUGCCCCUAUCCUCACCAGUUCAGUCAAGAGCUACCUGUCAGUCGUCUAUGUAUGCGGCCAGCUGGGAAACAUUUGAAGAAGACAGCAAGUGAAGAGCAUUUGCCUGUCGCCUAUUUUCCACCCUAUUACAUUGUUUUACAAAUAUAUUUGCUUAAUAAAGUUCAUUGCAUGUUUAA